GUACAGAGAGUACUGAGUGAGGUGCGGGCAGAGAAUGGAGUGGUGCAGGGUGCAGAUGACAGCAGUGUCGAGGAGUGGGGUGUGAGGGAAGCAUCAUUCGGCGUCAUUGAAAGUGCCCAGUCUUUCAGUACAUUCCCUGCAGCCGUUGACUGAGCACACUGACCCAGCAAAAGCCGAGUGAGCAGCUGAUCUGGAGACCGGUGGCGACACCCUGGGUACGAAGCUGUAUUGAGAGAAAAGAGAGGGGAGAGUGAGAGCAGUCAACAUGAGAAUAUUUCAGUUCUCUGCCACUUUCAUCCUGUCCACCAGCCUGACUAUCCUCCAGCUCGCCCAAGGGGAAAUAUGUGGACCCAACCCGUGUGAGAAUGGAGGCAUUUGCAUGAGCGGGUUGGCAGAUGAACCUUUUUCAUGUGAGUGUCCCAAUGGAUUCACAGGUCCCAACUGUUCUAGUAUUGUGGAGGUUGCUGCAGAUGGAGAAGAGUCGACUACAACAGGAGCUUGCCAACCCAACCCAUGUCAUAAUGGUGGGAUUUGUGAAGUGAGUGAUACUUACCGGGGUGAUACAUUUGUCGGAUACAUCUGCAAGUGUCCUGAUGGAUUCAGUGGAAUUCAUUGUCAGCAUAAUAUAAAUGAAUGUGAGUUUGAGCCCUGCAGAAAUGGUGGUAUUUGUACUGAUCUCAUUGCAAACUAUUCCUGCGAGUGUCCAGGAGAAUUCAUGGGCCGAAACUGCCAAUACAAGUGUUCAGGCCCUCUCGGGAUGGAGGGGGGUAUUGUAUCGAAUCAGCAGAUUUCUGCAUCCUCCACACACCGAGCUCUGUUUGGCCUGCAGAAGUGGUACCCAUACUAUGCCAGACUGAAUAGAAAAGGCCUUGUAAAUGCCUGGACAGCUGCAGAGAAUGACAGAUGGCCAUGGAUUCAGAUUAACCUGCAACGCACCAUGAGAAUCACAGGAUUGAUUAGCCAAGGUGCUAAAAGAUUUGGCAGCCCAGAAUAUGUGAAAUCGUACAAGAUUGCUUAUAGUGGUGAUGGCAAAACCUGGACGACUUACAAAGUAAAAGGCACCUAUGAGGACAAGGUCUUCCGUGGAAAUGUCGACAACAACACUCCACAUGCAAAUUCUUUUAAUCCACCUAUAGAGGCCCAGUACAUAAGACUGUAUCCUCAAGUCUGCAGGAGACACUGUACAUUGAGGAUGGAGUUGCUUGGCUGUGAAAUGUCAGGCUGCUCAGAGCCUCUGGGGAUGAAGUCAGGACACAUCCAGGAUUAUCAGAUUACGGCUUCCAACAUCUUUCGGACCCUAAACAUGGAUAUGUUUACAUGGGAACCUAGUAAAGCCCGCCUGGAUAAACAAGGGAAGAUUAAUGCUUGGACAUCAGGCCGCAGUGAUCAGUCACAGUGGCUACAGAUUGAUCUGCUUGUUCCGACUAAGGUGACUGGUAUAAUCACCCAGGGUGCAAAAGACUUCGGACACAUACAGUUUGUGGGUUCAUACAAAGUUGCCUACAGUAAUGAUGGAAGGACCUGGUAUAUUUAUAAAGACAUAAAACAACAAAAGGAUAAGGUUUUCCAAGGUAAUUUCGACAAUGAUACACACAGAAAAAAUGUAAUAGAUCCUCCUAUUUACGCACGAUUUAUUAGGGUCUUGCCCUGGUCAUGGUAUGGCAGAAUCACACUGCGGAUGGAGUUACUGGGAUGCACCGAAGAGUGAUGAAUACUGGCUAUUUUCAAGAAAGUUGUCCUUAGAAUAUCUCGACAAAAACUGCACAAACCUGUAAGAUAUCAAAGGGUUUUCAUGAACUAGUGUUCAGUUUGUGAUCGGCAUGAGUCAAGAUAUCUGGUCAAGGCCUGCCCUUUAUCAAAUUUUCAAAUGGUGAUUUUUCUUCCUUAAAAGUUUAUUUUCAUGUGCUUUGUUAAUUUAUACAUAAUGAAAAAAAUCUUUUUAUAAUUGCAAACUUUUCGUCCUUUCCCCACCUCCAGCAAAAUUGAUUGAUAUGCAUAGGACUAAAAUUUCUCAUCAUUAUUGUAGGUGCCAUUAUUGUAUUCUAUUUAUUGUAAGCAUUUAUUUCUCUUUGGCUCCUGACAGUGAUAGACUUUUCAAUCAUUCAGUUUCCGUUCCUCUUUAUUAAUACAAUGUACCAGACAAUAAAACAAUUGAGCACUGAUAAAGUUUUCUUUCCACAAAUUAUGCAUGUCCCACAUUGUAAGAGGCAAUGACUGUCUCCAGGUGCCAUUCUCCCACAUGCAUGAAAUUAUACUUAAAAACCUUCCUACUUGCAAACUUAAUGAUGCAAGUGUAUAUGCAUUGGACAUAUAAUUAAAAUAUUAAAGGAGAAAACCAAGACAGUUUGUGACCCUAAAGAUAGAAGAACAAUAAAUUCAUGAAUACACAAGAUAAUAAAUGCUAAUAUGUGGGUAUGCAUCAGCCACCUUUUGUUUGGAGUGUAUGCCAGGUUUCCAAAGUCAAUCAUUAUUGUACUGCAUGUUGGCAUUUUCAAAUAAAAUAAUUCUGUUGAAAGUUUUUUUUUAAUUAAAAGAGAGGCAAUUGUUAUCUAGGAGAUUAAUUUAAAGGGAAAAAAAGAUGUGUGGAUUUAAGAUUGAGUGAGCUAAUGAAAUGAGCUG